CGAGGAUCAAGAAGAGGACGUCGAAGAAGCACGGGAGACGCAGACGGUGGUGAGCAGAGAGAGCGACGGCUCCAGGCCGGCACGAGCGAGGUGAGAUGCGCCCUUAUCGCCCUUAUCGCCCUCAAUCGUCCGUGCAGUAUCUAUCGGGGUGCCCCGACACUCCUCGCCAGCCGGAUCGCGACCUCGACGGCUAGCAACGAUAGCGGCGAUACAGGACCGGGGAACGCUCGCUCCGGCCGAACCGACCGAUCUCGGUGGUGCCAUUGUUACAAUCCGGCGGACAAUUCGCCGCGAGACAGCUGCCGAGAUGUGCGUGGAGUAUCAUUGUUAAAUCGUGCGUAACAUGCGACGUACUCUGCCUAUUGUGUCGGGAAAAAAUUCAGUUCACCGCGAUAAUGACGAUAAUGCAUAUCCUCUUUUCGAACCCACGCACGAGAAAAUCGACAAGUGCAGUUGGUUAACGAGAAGCUGAUGGAAAAGUCUUCGAAGGCGAACGCGGUAGAGUGUCAACGCAAUACGGAACUCGAUUGUUCAUCUUCGUGAAAGGCCAUUCCGUUUGGAUUCAUCGACUUCUCAACAUCGGAGGAAGGAUAAAAUUUGAGGAUGGGAGGUGGAGACUGGAGCGGUUGGUUGCAACGAUGCCGGCAAUCCCGGAGGCUCGUUCUCGUCAUCGUCGCCAUCGCACUGCUGCUGGAUAACAUGCUGCUGACGACCGUAGUUCCAAUAAUACCGGAAUUUCUCUACGAUAUCAAACAUCCCAACGCAACAUUAAGCGAGCACCUGGAAGGAAGCGCAUCUCAUCAAACUACGGUCGUCACCACCACAUCGCCACCAGCAACAACAACACCAAAAUGCAGUUGUGCUACAAACAUAUCGGUCGCGUCUCCAUUGGAAUUUUUACACGUUACAACACCUUCUAUGAAUCUAUCGGAAAUUACCGCAGCCAAUCUCACGUCGGCGGACGCGAAGGAAAAGGAGCAGAGACAUCGGGAAUUACUGGAAGAGACCGUAGCAGUAGGAAUGAUGUUCGCCUCCAAAGCUUUUGUUCAAUUGUUGGCUAACCCUAUAGUUGGGCCAUUGACCCAUAAGAUCGGAUACAGCAUACCUAUGUUUACUGGUUUCAUUAUCAUGUUCCUAUCCACGCUGAUUUUUGCUUUUGGACGAAGCUACGGUAUACUUUUCCUAGCGCGAGCUCUUCAGGGUAUCGGUUCAUCGUGCUCUAGUGUUUCUGGUAUGGGUAUGUUGGCGGAGAGAUAUCAAGACGACAAAGAACGCGGUAACGCGAUGGGUAUCGCGCUGGGCGGACUGGCCCUUGGCGUCCUUAUCGGCCCUCCAUUCGGCGGAGUGAUGUACGAAUUUGUAGGGAAAUCCGCCCCGUUUUUAGUCCUUUCCGCGUUAGCCCUUGGCGAUGGACUAUUGCAGCUCUUGAUGCUUCAACCGUCGGUCGUGUACACAGAAGCGGAACCGCCGUCGUUGAAGUCCCUUGUCACCGAUCCCUACAUCAUUUUAGCAGCUGGCGCGAUAACGUUCGCAAAUAUGGGAAUCGCUAUGCUGGAACCGAGCCUACCUAUCUGGAUGAUGGAUACGAUGGGCGCGAGCCGCUGGAAACAGGGGGCCACGUUUUUACCAGCGAGCAUCAGUUAUUUGAUCGGGACGAAUCUCUUCGGACCACUCGGGCACAAAAUGGGCAGAUGGCUAGCUUCCCUGAUAGGCCUCGUCGUUAUUGGUAUCUGCUUGAUGUGCAUCCCGCUAGCGAAAAGCAUCGAUCACUUGAUCGUGCCGAACGCGGGAUUGGGAUUCGCGAUCGGGAUGGUGGACAGUUCGAUGAUGCCCGAGCUAGGAUAUCUAGUUGACAUAAGACACAGCGCUGUUUACGGGAGCGUUUACGCUAUCGGCGACGUGGCGUUCUGCCUCGGCUUUGCUAUAGGUCCAGCGCUGAGCGGGACUCUGGUCAACAGCAUUGGCUUCGAAUGGAUGCUUUUCGGCAUAGCUUUGUUAAAUUUCAUUUACGCACCUCUCAUGUAUUUCCUAAGGGCGCCGCCGACCAAGGAAGAGAAAAAGUCGUUAAUAAUUGGCGAGAAAUCGUCCGUGCGUUAUGUCACGUACCAAAAUGAGGAAGAGGACCAGUGAAACAAUAAUUCUAAGCAUUCUUCGAUAUUAUUUCGGUACAAGCAGUUGUUUUACUUAUCGUUAGAGAGGACGCGUAUUUUCUUUUCUCCCUAAGAUAUCGUUAAAAAAAGAAUAGAGAUUGCCUUUGCGUUGUUACGUGCGAUUUUUACGGGUAUUCUAAUUUCCGCAAUACUUUCUCAACUGACGAGACAAUAAUAUAUUCCUCCUUAUUUUCGCGUUUUCCCGUUUAAUAGUAUCAAAGUAUUCGCGGUCUCUUGUUUCCAUAAAUGAUAGGAAGCUACAAACAUCGACAAUAAGCACAACUUGUUGACAUGCACUUGAUAACAUUUGGCAAACUACCGUGUAAAUGUAAAAUUAGUAUAACCGAGUAAAGUUUUCCUAAUGGGCGCUCGACAAUUUUGAAAAGAGAAAGAGAGAGAGAGAGAGAGACGAACGAUCCUCCAGUAUACAGAAGUCGCACAACAUCACACUUGGUAUCUAUACAAAUAUUAAAUGUCUGAGAACUCGGGAGAUCUCGCAUUCUCGAGUAUUUACGGAUAGAAGUAGCCGUGACGAGAGGGCGGACACGUUGUGAAAUGUCUUUCUGUGUAUUUCUGCAUCAUCGAUAUUAUCGUUACGCACAUAUCGUAUGUAACAGACGGUAGACUAAAGCCUAAAGCAACGCAAAAGUCGCGGAAAAAAAAACCCAAAAAAAAGCUCGUUAUACCGUAGCAUGUGAUAGCAAGAGAUAUAUAUGUUCGUUAGACGUGUUACAUGAUAUAUAUGAGAAAAGAGCAGGCAGACGAUGCAAAAAAGUUACCCUUAGAUGUGAAAGGCUUAAAUUCGGGAUGCAUAUUGUACACAAUGCCCAAUUGUAAAGAUAAGCGCGUGGGAAAAAAAAAUAUGGCACGACCCUACUAAGCGCGAAUCAGAAGAUUCCGGUCGGCCGAGCUAGGACAGCGCGUGUGAACGGAACGGGACAGGAUUAAAACAGUGGAUAUCGCGUGAUCGGUACAUCGGUGCCUCCGGCGUGUUCUUCGGGGUAGCAAAUUGCACAAAGGAAUCUCAGUCCUACGUCGAGAAGAACCGCCCGAUUUGGUUUCCCUGAAUGGCUGCAGGGAAACCGGCGACAGGGACGGUCGGGUGUUUUAAAGGGUUCUUCGUACAUUGCGAUACGGCCGCGAUUAGACCCUGUACCUUCGUCGCGAGAACGAGGCGACAUUAUCCGCGGAGUGCCCUGGCGCAUACGAUUUACCGAAACUCGCUGAUCUCAUCGCCGUUGGUGAAACGAAAGGGGAUAAAACGUAAGAGAAAGAGAGAAAGAACGAUCGAGCUUGUCGCAAAUCCCGGCAUCUCUCGGUACGUUCUUCGAGAUUAAUUUCCGUUUCCCGAUUACGACUUUCAACGCAUGCACGAAAGAAUGUAUAGAGAAUGUCACGGGAUUUGUCGGGGUAGAGAAUAGCAUUUAAACUUACAUAAGAAAAAAAUAA